AUGUCAUAGUCAAGAGGAUCGAAAUAAAGACCAAUAAAGAAUCAAAUCAUUUCUCAGGAAUCUUCUUACGGUUAGCAAAAUCAGAGCAAAGCAGAUAAAACGACUCCAAGGUCUGUAACUUCUAGAAAGGUUAUCAAUCAAAAUCCAUUAUCUUCCUCUAAAUCUGUAAAGCAUUUAAAGAGAAAGGCUAUAUCACCCUCAAGUCAUAGUGAGAGUAGUUUCGAUAACAUGAGUUAGAGCAGAAAAUCAAUUUAAAGAGAUAAAAAAUCGAUUGGAUCCCUGUCUUUCAGGUCUAAAAUGAAUGCAGACAGUAUUAUUUAAAAGCAUUAUUAAAGUAUGGAGGACUUUAAUGUCAAAAAGUAGAUAAUGAUAGAUGGACCUGGAAAAAUAUUAUAAAGAUAACUUGAUCUGUUGAAACAUCAGUACAACAGAAGAAAGGCAAGACUUGAGUCUUUAUAUCAGGAAUUGAUGGUAAUAGAGCAAGCUAAUCUAGCUAGAGAGCGUUUCAAGUAUCUUGAAGAGAAAGAAGCACAAAGAAUUAUAUCACUCAAAGAUAUUUAAGAGCUUACGGAAGAGGAGUUGGAAAAGAAGCAUACCAAUUUAGCAGAUGAAUUCAACAAAUUGCAUAUUCAAAUUGAUAUAUAAGAAUCUGAUAAGGAUUAAUUAAUUGCAAUGAGAUCGAGACUCAAACAGUAAAUAUUCUUUGAUAAAUAAAAGCAGAUUAAGAUUGAAGAUAAAGUUAUCCAUUCUGAGAAAAUGUCUGCAGAUAUACCAAGACUCGAGCUGAUGAAUAAGUAUAGAAUUUUGGCUACAGAUUAAUCAAUUUUAUUUGUGAGAUCUGAAUUAGAAGCCAAGUCUUAAAAUCGAUCAUAGAUUCUUUACAAAAAUCAUCUUGCCCUUGACAACGAAUCAAACUAAGUCAAAAAAAUGCAAGAAGAUUUCUACAAUGUCGUAACUAAAAAAGAGUAUAUGUAAAGAAAGCUAGAGAAACUAAAAAAGAAAAACAGAGAAGAAGAACUAAGCUUUAAUCAAUUCAUUUAGAACUAUGAGCAACGUGAAAAGGAAAGAGUCUAGAUUGUAAGACUUUAUUGUCUUUUAUAUCUAAGAGAGACAGUUAUUGGAAUUAGAACACAUAGUAAUGUCUAAGCCAGUAUGUCUAAUUUAGUGAGUAUUGAUGUUGAAGCAUUUAAGGAGAUGAAAGAAAUGUACAUCAGUAAAUAGCAACUUGAUAAGAAAAUUGAUAAAAGGUUGGAGCUUCUUAAUUCAAUUAAAAACGAUAAAUUAAUGACUAAAAGUAGAUCAAUUACAAAGAGAGCGACUUUGAUGAUUGAUUAGAACAGUUCAUUCCAAAAGUUUAGUUAAAUUUAGCCUGGUUAAAAUCAUCAAGCCAGCCCUUAUUAAUCAAUAUUCAGGCUAUCAAGUCUCAGGAAAAGAAAUUCAAGCAAUGACUCUUCAAGCAAACUAAAUUCAUCAGAAUUGAGUCAUUAAAAGGACGGAUUAAAUGUGCUUUAAACUUAAUUAAGUGGAUAGUAAAUCUUUGAAAUGCUUUUUAAGCAAAGUGAUGAACUUACGUACUACCAAGAGUUAUUUUGGAUCAUUGAACGACAUGGCUUCUUGAAAUUUGAUGAUAAGGAGUUAGUCCAUUUAAUCGAUAAAAGGAAUGUGUAUUUAGAAUCAAUUUCUAAGCUUUACAAUGACUUAGCAUUAGUCAACAAAAUGAAGGUAAAAGAAUAUGAAAAUUUGGUGGCAGAACUAGAAUAGGCUGAAUUGAACAGGCAAGAAAUAGAAGUAUCAAAUCCUCAUAAAAUUAAGAAAUAAUCAACUUUGAAUCAACAUUAACCUAGAAAGUUAACUUACUUUGAACUUAAGAAUAAACUUGAAUUAGUGAGAAUCGAAAUAGAUUAGUAAAAGGAUAGAAUCAGUUAUAAUAUGAAGUUUAUCAAUCAGAUGGAAGCAAACACGAUUGAGCUGAUGAGAAAAGUAACUUUCAAAGUUAAGGUUAUUGAUUAAAUGAGUAUUUCAUUACAAGAAGGUUAAUCUCCAUAGAUAGAGAGGUAACCAUCAGACAUUAUAAUUGGUAGCAAUAAUGACAAGCUCUCUAUCAUAUCUCCUAACACGCUGGUGAAUCUACUUUAAAAUAAAAACAUAAUUAUUCCAGAUGGUUUGCAAGUCUAAGAUUCAAUCAUCGUAAAUAACAAGGAACUAGUUGAAAUGGUCAAUAUUUUUGAAGAUAAUUACUGGAUAUAGCCUGAAAAAGUUGAAUAACGAUAUUACUAAAAGAAGAGUCCGUAGAAGAUUUUGAAAAGAGACCUCUCAAAAUCUAGAAGUUAGAAAUUUAGAUUUAAGAGUAAAACUCUUAAGAAGAGGCAAAAAGCAAAUAAUGAUGAUAAUUCAUCCUAUGGUUAUGGAUCUAUAGAAUAGAGUACAAUUGGAGAAAAUAUUUCACGUAUUGCCUCUUAGGAGAGGAUAUCAAAUUCAAGUUUAAAAUAGACUCCAGGUAAGGUGAAAUUAGAUACAGAAAUAAGAGUGGAAGAGAGCCCUAAUCAUUAGUAGGAAUAAUAAAACUAUUUAUUGAAUAGUGAAACUUAAAAGAAAUUUUUGAGAGGAGUUGUUCGAAAGUAUAAGUUUUUCUUCUUGUUUGCCUAUAUCAUGAAAUUCUUAAAGAUAAUAAAGCAAAGCUCAAUUAAAAGUAAUGUCCCUAUUAUUAAUCCCAUUUAUAGUAAGGUUACAGCUUAAAGAAUUUGA